UCCUGCCCUCAGGCUGUUUCGGCCGUCGCGCGAAACUCGUGUCUGCACAAUAGAGACAAAAAUCAGGAAGGAGGAGAGUAUAAAGGAAGACGAGACAAAACGACAAGAAGCAGAUAUCCUUUCCGGUUUCCCAUGGACAUGCAGUGAGGUGUCUAAUAGACUAUCCCGUGAGGAUAGAGACAAGCGGACACUCUGGGCAGAGAGAAGAGUUUAGCACGGAGAAUGGCCUCCGCCAACUGUGACGGCCCGGAUGCAGGACUGGCUCGCGUGAAGCAAGAGGACUGUGAGUGGGAUGCAUUCGCAGCUUUGGGUGUAAAGCUGGAGGAUCCCAAAGGGGCCGGUUUGGUUUUAAAAGUGGAGGCGUCCAAAGGGGAAAUGGUUCAGAUUAAAGGUGAGGAUUCGGAUGAAUUCUCCGCCAGCCUUGACCUGCAGAAUCACGAAAGUGGAAGUGUUUUGAAGCAAGACAUUUGGGAAGAAUCUCCUGCCGGUUCACAGCCCUGGUUCACUUAUACGGGACAACUGGCUACCCGGCUGACUUCUAGGGAACUGAAAUCGGAGUCCUCGGAGUUUGAAGAGAAAAUCGCCGAGGAGAACAGGAAAGAAGAGGAACGGCCGUCACCUGGCAAUCGGGGAAUAAGUCUCCAGGAGAAUGGCUGCUUGUCCCAGUUUUCAUUUGCCCAGCCCUCUCUUCAGUGCAGACUGGAAUACAAACAGGAAAGGAUGAAGAAAUCAACAAGAGGAUCACAGCAUGGGCCAGCAGCCACUUGGCCUUGCAGUUCUCUUCCUAUUGUCCAAGUAAUGCAGAUAGACGCCAUCAGCGCUGAUCAACAGCAAGGGCAUAAAACGGAUCAAGAGGCUUUGUGUACUGGGCAACAGUCCAGACAAACUUUUAAAAGCAAAUCAGACUUUAGCAAUCUCGAGGCAGUCUGUACAACACCAAUGCCUAAUUGCUGUUCUGAAUGUGGCAUGCAAUUUUCCGACAGUUGUGAUCUCCAAAGACACACAGUAAUUCAUACUGGAGAAAACCCCUUUAACUGUACCGAGUGUGGCAAACGAUUUUCUGACAAACGUGGUCUCCAAAGACAUCAAAGAGUCCACAGUGGUGAAAAGCCCAUUUGCUGUACAGAAUGUGGGAAAAGAUUUAGUCAAAAUAGCCAUCUUCGGAUCCACUUAAGAGUUCAUACUGGAGAAAAGCCGUAUUGCUGUUCUGAAUGUGGCAGGCAGUUCAGUACAAGUGGUGCCCUUCAGAGGCAUAAAAGAAUCCAUACAGGAGAGAAGCCAUAUUUUUGUUCUAAAUGUGGCAAAAACUUCUCCACUAGUAGCCAUCUUCAACGUCACAUAAAAAGAGUUCAUACCGUGCAGCAACCUUUCAAAACCAACUGUGACUUUGAAAAUCUCAAUUCAGUUUAUACAACAGCAGAUCCUUAUUGCUGCUCUGAAUGUGGCAAGCGAUUUCCAGACUGUGAAAGUUUUCAAAGACAUGCAAGAAUGCACACUGGAGAAAAGCCGUAUUGUUGUACUGAAUGUGGCAAAGGAUUUAAGUGGAGUAGCCAUCUUCAGUAUCAUGUAAGAAUUCAUACUGGAGAAAAACCAUACUGCUGUUUGGAAUGUGGCAAACGAUUCUCCGACAAUCGUUGUUUCCAAAGACAUAAAAAGGUCCACACUGGAGAAAAGCCCUUUUGUUGUGGUGAAUGUGGAAAACGAUUUAUUCAGAGUAGCCAUCUUCGGAUCCACUCUAGAGUUCAUACUGGAGAAAAGCCGUAUUGCUGUUCAGAAUGUGGCAAACAAUUCAGUGUAAGUAGUGCCCUUCAGAGGCAUAAGAAAAUUCAUACAGGUGAGAAGCCAUAUGUUUGUUUGGAAUGUGACAAAAACUUCUCUAGUAGCAGCCAUCUUCGACGUCACGUAAGAAGAAUUCAUACCGGGCUGCAGACUUUGUCCACUGGGCAAGAAGAGUGCAAACAAACUUUUAAAACCAAUUCUGACUUUAAAAACCACAAGCCUGUUUAUGCAAAACCAAAGCCCUACUGCUGUUCUGAAUGUGGCAAACGAUUUUCAGAUAGCGAAAGUUUCCAAAGACAUACGAAAAGACACACAGGAGAACAGCCAUACUGUUGUAUUGAAUGUGGCAAAAGGUUUAGGUGGACGAGCGAUCUUCAGAGUCACACAAGAAUUCAUAUUGGAGAAAAACCAUAUUGCUGUUUGGAAUGUGGCAAACGAUUCUCUGACAAUUGUAGUUUCCAAAGACAUAGAAGAACCCACACUGGAGAGAAGCCCUUUUGCUGUGCUGAAUGUGGAAAAAGAUUUAUUCAAAGUAGCAAUCUUCAAACCCACGCAAGAGUUCAUACUGGAGAAAAGCCUUAUUGCUGUUCUGAAUGUGGCAAACAAUUUCGUACAAGUAGUGCCCUUCAUAGGCAUAAAAGAACUCAUACGGGAGAGAAGCCAUAUUUUUGUUUGGAAUGUGGCAAACGCUUCUCUAGGAGUAACCAUCUUCAACAUCACAUAAGAAGAAUCCAUACAGUUUUAAGUCCACCUCUACUCCACUUAGUAAUCUUAAUUAGUAGCACCUGUCUGAGCUCUUUAAAGACUCCUGUCCACCCCACAGUCAGUCAGACUCCAACUACUACCAUGGGCAAGACCACAGAGCUGUCAAAAGACACCAGAGACAAAAUUGUGGACCUCCACAAGGCUGGGAAGGGCUACGGGGCAAUUGCCAAGCAGCUUGGAAAGCCCGGAAGAGAAGAGCAGACACUUGAGGGGGGUGAAGAGAGUUUUACACGGAGAAUGGGCUCAGCCAAAGAGGAAGGCGUGGACGAGCGGCUGGUGUCCAUUAAACAAGAGGACUGUGAGUGGGGUGCGCUGAAGGUGGAAGAAUGGGAAGGAACCAUUUUGGAUUUUAAAGCGGAAGAGUUCAACGUGGACAUCGUUGAUGUUAAAUGUGAGGAUUCUGAGGACGCCUCGGUUAGAUGUGAAGCGCAAAAAUGUGAAACUGUGAAUCUUCUCAAGCAAGAUAACCGUGAACAAUCCCAUUCCAAUUUACAGCCCUGGCACAAUAAUAUCAGACAUCUGGCUGCCCAGCAGAAUUCUGUGGAGCUGAAAUCCGAGUUUUCUGAACUUGAGGAGAAAAUCGAUGAAGGAAACAUGAGAGAAGGAGAAGAGCAAAAUUCACCUGGGAGUGCGAGAAUAAAUUCACAGGACAAUGGCAGUGUCUCCCCAUCUUCAUCUGCCCAGACAUCUCUUCAGUGGAGACUGCAACAGAAACGGGACAACGACAAGACAAAGGAACCAACAAGAGGAUCAGAGCAUUUACUAGUGACAUCUUUACAGCACAUUUCUGUUCCUGUUGCCAAACUAACAAUGACAGAUGCCAUCAACACUGAUCAACAAGAAGUGCACAAUGCAGAUCAAGAGGCCUUGUGCGCUGGCCGAGAGUAUGGAAAAGUGUUUGGAAACAAAGGUGACGGUGAAUAUCACAAGUCAAAUCAUACAAAGCUGAAACCGUACUGCUGUUCUAAAUGUGGCAAACGAUUUACCAACAGUAGCAAUCUUAAGAAGCACACAACAAACCAUACAGGAGAACAACCAUAUCGCUGUCCUGAAUGUGGCAAACGAUUUCCUUACAGCAGUGAUCUCCGAACACAUACAAGAAUCCACACUGGAGAAAGACCUUAUGGCUGUUCUGAAUGUGGCAAACGAUUCACAACCCGCAGUGCUCGUCAGAGACACUCAAGAAUUCAUAGUGGAGAGAAACCCUAUGGCUGCUCUGAAUGUGGCAAAAGAUUUAUUGACAGUAGUGCGCUUCAGAACCACACGAGAGUUCAUACUGGAGAAAAGCCCUAUGGCUGUUCUGAAUGUGGCAAAAGGUUCUCUUACAGUCGUGCUCUCCAAACACAUAAGAGACUUCACACUGGAGAAAGGCCAUAUGGGUGUUCCGAAUGUGGCAAACGAUUCAUUGACAGUAGCCACCUUCAAAAGCACUCAAAAAUUCACACCGGAGAAAAGCCGUAUAGUUGUACUGAAUGUGGCAAAAAGUUCUCCAAAAGUAGCAAUCUUCAGUAUCACAGAAGAACUCAUACUGGGGAGAAGGCCUAUUCCUGUUCUGAAUGUGGCAAACGAUUCUCCCAUAACUGCAGCCUUCAAAGACAUACGAGAAUCCACACAAGAGAGAAGCCCAGCGGCUGUGGUGAAUGUGAUGUUCAUGAGAAUGUCGGCUGCUCCCCAUCUCCAUUUGCUCAGCCUUCUCCUGAGUGCAGACUGGAACACAAGGAGGACAAAGAGAAGGUGAAAAAAUCAACAAGAGGAUCAGGGAAUAGGACUGCAGCUGCUUUCCUGUGCAGCUCUCAUUCUGUGACAGAAGCCAUCAACACUGAGCAGCAACAAGGGCAUGACACAGAUCAAGAGGCUUUGUAUGCUGGCCGAGACUGUGGACAAACAAUUAAAAAUACAUCUGCCUGUAAAGAUCUCAAGUCAGUUCAAACAAGACCAAAGCCUUAUAGCUGUACUGAAUGUGGCAAAGUAUUCACUGUCAGCAGUAGUCUUCAGAGGCACACAAGAAUCCAUACUGGAGAAAAAUCUUAUUGCUGCUCUGAUUGCGGCAAAACACUUUCUGACCGAUACAGUCUCGAAAGACAUAAAAGGAUCCAUAUUGGAGAAAAGCCAUUUUCCUGUUCACAAUGUGGCAAACAAUUCUCUGACAUAUACAAUUGUCAGACACAUACAAGAAUCCACACUGGAGAAAAGCCCUAUGGAUGUGAGGAAUGUGGCAAAAGAUUUGUACGUAAGAAAAGCCUUCAUAAUCACUUAAGAAUUCAUUCAGGAGAAAAACCUCAUUGCUGCUCUGAAUGUGGCAAGCUAUUUGCUGACAGUCGAGAUCUCCAAAGACAUGCAAGAAUCCACACUGGAGAAAAACCUUAUGGCUGUGCUGAAUGUGGAAAACGAUUCAUUCAAAGUAGCCAUCUUCAGCGACACAUACGGAUUCAUACUGGAGAAAAGCCAUACAGCUGUUCUGAAUGUGCCAAAAGGUUUUCUGACAUUUACAAGCUCCAGAGACAUGCAAGAAUGCACACUGGAGAAAAGUCGUAUGGCUGUACUGUUUGUGGGAAACGAUUCAUUGACAGUAGCACCCUUCACAAUCACAUGAGAAUUCACACUGGAGAAAAGCCCUAUGGCUGUCCUGAAUGUGGCAAACAAUUCAGCAAAAGUAGCAACCUUCAGACUCACACAAGAAUUCAUACUGGAGAAAAGCCAUACAGCUGUUCUGAAUGUGGAAAACGAUUCACUGACAGCAGCGGUCUUUCACGGCACACACAGAUUCAUUCUGGAGAAAAGCCACAUUGUUGUUCUGAAUGUGGCAAGCAGUAUUCAGACAGGCGUAGUCUCCAGAGACACAUAGCAAUCCACGCUGGAGAAAAAAAUGGCUGACAUUUUGCCACUGGUGCUGGGAUCAUCAAGCCUUUGCAAGGGAAUGUCCAGAUGGGUAUACCAGUUAUCAUCACGCCGUAUGAACGACUAUUGGGAACAAUGCAUAGUAGGUUGGGCCUUGGCAGCAAAUCUGAGAAAGUAACAGAAUCAGAGCAAAAACUACUUUGUGACUCAAGGGGAAGGUUCAAUCCUGUCCUGAAAGUUAGCAAACCAAGUCAUUGCUGAGGAAUUAACCCAGCAAGGAAGCCAACUAACUCUUCUGAAUGUGGCAAAAAAACACUUCUCCAAGCAGUGGCAGUCUUCAGUGUCAGAAUAUGGAGGGUGGUUUUCCCAUAAUGGCAGCCUUCAAAAUUAUUUAGAGCUUCACACUGAAGGUGUGGUAAAGGAUUAUCAGUUUUAGGUGACUUUCACGGACAGCUAAGAAUCAACUGUGGAGGAAACCCCUAUUGUUGUCCUGAAUGUGGUAAACAAUUCUCAGACAGAAGUAGGCUUCAAUACAUUAUAGCUGUCCUAAUGUAUCAAGUGUUUCUUUGACAGCAGGAGUCUUGAUGGCUUCAUGAAAAUUCACAGUGAUAGAGCUCUGAAGGAGAAAGCUGGAGGUAGAAGACUCUCACCUCGGAGUACUGCACCCUCCACCCAUCCUUCUGCUGAUACCAGCAUAGAAGAGACAUCUCCACCCACAA